AUGAAAAUCAACCCAACCAAAUUUUCAAUAGACUCCGGUAGUCACCUGAGGGUCCGCUCGGAGGGGAAUGCUGGAAAGAGAGGUGGUCCUCCCGGCGACCUCUACGUAUUCAUCGAAGUGCUAUCCGACCCUGUGCUCAAGAGGGACAGAACCAACAUUCUAUACACAUGCAAGGUAUCGUAUGUCGAUGCCAUCUUGGGGACAACCAUGAAGGUUCCCACAGUGGAUGGCAUAGUGGACAUGAAGAUUCCAGCAGGAACACAGCCAGGCACAACUCUUGUAAUGGCCAACGAAGGUGUUCCUUACCUCGGAAAGCCAAGCAACAGGGGAGAUCAAUUGGUCAGGGUGCAAGUCGAGAUUCCAAAGAGAUUAAGUGACGAAGAGAAGAAGCUGAUCGACGAGCUUGCCAAUCUCAACAAGGCCCAAACGGCAAACAGAACGUGA